UCGGCAGCGGGGCCGUGCCCGGCGCCGAGGAGAGCUGCGGCUGCCGCUGUGCUGGCAGAGCGGCGAGCGAGGCGGGGAUGGCGGCGCGGCUCGCUUCGCGCGGGGGACCCAGGGCUGCCGGCCAGCGCCCAUGGCUGCUGCUGGCGCCGCUGCUGCUAGCCCCGCUGCUGGCGCGGCCCGCCGAGGCCCUGGUGGAAGGACUGUACUGCGGCACGCGCGACUGCUACGAGGUGCUGGGCGUGAGCCGCUCGGCCAGCAAGGCGGAGAUCGCGCGGGCCUACCGCCAGCUGGCCCGGCGCUACCACCCCGAUCGCUACCGGCCCGAGCCCGGGGACGGCCCCGGGGGCGCGCCGCCGAGCGCUGAGGCUUUCCUGCUAGUGGCGACCGCCUACGAGACGCUCAAGGAUGAAGAGACGCGGAAGGAUUAUGACUACAUGCUGGACCACCCGGAAGAGUACUAUAGCCAUUACUACCACUACUACAGCAGGCGCCUCGCCCCAAAAGUGGAUGUCAGGGUGGUGAUUUUGGUCAGCGUGUGUGCCAUUUCAAUGUUUCAGUAUUUCAGCUGGUGGAAUAGCUACAAUAAAGCAAUCAGCUACCUAGCCACAGUGCCCAAGUACCGCAUCCAGGCAACAGAAAUCGCGAAGGAGCAGGGACUGCUCAAAAAAGCCAAAGAAAAAGGGAAAAACAAGAAGUCCAAAGAAGAAAUCCGUGACGAGGAGGAGAACAUCAUAAAGAACAUUAUAAAAAGUAAAAUAGACAUAAAGGGAGGCUACCAGAAACCUCAAGUUCGGGACCUCCUCUUGUUUCAAGUCAUCCUCGCCCCUGUUCAUCUGUGCUCGUACAUAGCCUGGUAUUGCCGGUGGGUCUACAACUUUAACAUCAAAGGCAAAGAGUACGGGGAGGAGGAGAGACUCUACAUCAUCCGGAAAUCUAUGAAGAUGUCUCAGUCUCAGUUUGACAGCCUGGAGGACCAUCAGAAAGAGAUGUUUCUCAAGCGGGAGCUUUGGAUAAAGGAGAAUUAUGAGGUCUACAAGCAGGAACAAGAGGAAGAAUUAAAGAAAAAAUUGGCAAAUGACCCCCGGUGGAAGCGGUACCGCAGGUGGAUGAAGAACGAGGGGCCUGGCCGGCUGACCUUUGUGGACGACUGAAGACGCCGCGCCAGGCUCGGCUGUGACGUCGCUUGCACGGCAGUUAUUUGGAAAUGUGUCUGCUGCUCUCAGCAGCAUCUAGCGUUCACAAGUGUAUGAUUAAACAGAAUAAUGUAGAAAUUUCAACUUUCCCUUAAAACUUUAUACUGAAGACAUUUAUGAUGGUUCAAUUUUUAUAAUCUAUUUGUGGAUUUUGUUUAAAAAUAUUGACAUGGGGACUUAUUAGUUACCAUUUAAAAUUUUAUAUGUUUAGUUAAAUUUGACAUGAAAUUUAUUAGAUGCCAUUUAAAACUUCUGUGUGAAGUGUUUCUUCUUCAAGAGUGUUUGCUUAUGUUUUCAUAAUGCUACAUUUUCCUCCUUUCCUGGUCUCUAUUUUUACAAAAAACAACUAACAGAACAGUUACAACAGCACUUGAUCAGAUUAUUGUGUCUUUCUGGACACAGUUUCUCCGGGAGAAUCACUCAGUACCAUACUGUCCUUACUGUAGCCCUUACAGGUUUGAGUAUAUUCAACGUAUUCUCUAGGAGAGUAUUCCAGAACCUCUGCAGUUCCUGCCCAGUGAUGCUACUCGUGAUAAGAUCAGAAACUCUCCAGGAGAGUGAGUCACAUCAUGUCCUUCUGGGAUGUUUUCAAUUACAGUCUCAUUAUAGGACUGUUUCUCAAACAUUUCUGCAGAGGGGACCUUGUGAAAAGGUCUUUUAUACCACCGUCUUGCUGCCUCCCUCCCUCUUCCCUCUCCCUUUCUCUUUUUCUCUCUCUGUCUCUCUUCCUUCCCUCCCUCCCUCUCCCCCUUUAUGUGCAUUUGUGCCAGAGAGAAGACAGGCGUGGCUACGUUGCUCCCACCCUCUAGGGUAUAAGUGUGUCUUUAUACCUAUGGAAAUGAACAUAAAUGGCAGAAUAACUGAGUCAAACCUGAUACUUAUCAAAGUACCAUAUACACUCAUACCCAGUGCUCCUGUUCAAGAUCUACCCUACUGCUUCAUAUUAAUAAAAUGGUUGUGAUACAGCUUGCUGCCUGGUAGGCUAUAUGAAGAUUAACAUAUUGCUUUUGUAGCAUAUACUUGUAAAGAUUAGUAUGACAUAUAAAUCUGAAGGAUUUACUUCUAAGUGAAGUAAAUUGAUCCUUUUAAAAGCUCAGCCCAGGGACCAGAUAGCUUGGUUGGUAAAGUGCUUCCUUACAAACAAUGGGGACUGAAUUUGUAAACACCUCCCCCCUUCUCAUGUAAAAUAUACCAGACAAUGGUGCCAGCUCAAACUGAGCCUGUCUCAGAAAACAAGGUGGAGAACACCUGAAAAUGAGAACCAAGCGUGUACUCUGCCCCCCACACUUGUAUAUCUACACACACACAUACACACACACACACACACACACACACACAGAGGCACACAAAGCUCAGCCCAAAUUACAUCCAUGAGUCCAUCCUUGCCAAUUAGCCAGAAGACUUGCAGUUAUUUUAAUGUGAAUGAACAAUUUCAAUUGCUAAUUACAAGGAUAGAAUUUGACCAGGCUGUCAGUGGGGCUCUUUGUAGCUCUGGGUUUCUGAAAUAAUAUAAUUUUUAGAGUUCUGUAAACUUUAGUUGGAAAUGUUUGUGUGUUCAUUAUUCUUUCGGGUUGUGGAGAAUCAUAGAGUUAGCACCUGUUGCUCAUUAUUAUCUAAGAACAAAUUUAUGUCAUAGGGACCAGAAAGAAAUACCAGUGCCUCACCAUUUUCCAAAUGUCUCUGAUUGCCUGUAUUUUUCUAGGUUCAUUUCUGGUACUCUGACAAACAUCAUGACAGAAAGCAGUAGAAGGAGGAAAGGGUUUCUGUGGCUUACAGUUGCAGGUCACAGUCCAUCAUUCUAGUGAGAGGCGGAAACUCAAACAGCUUGUAGUAUCAUUCCCACACCAGCAAGGAAAGAUAUGUGUGUCUUUGCCUCUCUCGUUGUCCAGCAUUUCUUUCCUUGCUAGGGGAUGGUGCUGCCUGCAGCUGGCUGGGGCUUCCUAUGUCACUAAAUUAUCAAGGCCAUCCCCCAGACAGGCCCACCUCAAUGAGGUCCUGUUCACAGUUGAUUUGAAGUCAUCAGGUUGACAGUAAAGACUGACUCGAACACCUUUUGUAAGGAGAAGAGAGAUGUUCAGCCAAUGGAGACUCUAUGUAUCUCUGGAUAUUCUUUUGUCUGUCUUUUUUUUUUACUUCUGUAUUCUGUUUCUAGAAUUGUCUGCUAAAGGCUGCUUAUGUGGGAGCUUGGGCAUGGUCAUUUCGUGAAUCAAAGUGGACUCUUAAUAGAAAGAUGGUGGGUUUCCCCUUCCCUCUGUUCACUGUGCUUCAGAUUCUCAGGAUGAAGGAAAGGCCAUUGCUUGCAGCAGUCACUGCACUUCACCUUAGUCUUCCACCAAAAUCUCUUCAUUUUAGAGACAUCCAAGAAGACUUGAGGCCCUUACAGCCCUGUUAGUGCAGGGAGGGGGCUGUCAGAGCGUGACUGUUCAUUGCUGCUUAUUUCUCAUCAGUUCUUGUAAUUGAAGUCUUCAAAAUUACCAUGUGGGUUUUAUUCAUAUAAAUGCCUUCCUUACAGA